AUUUCCGAUCGCCAUGAAAGUAACCACCAAGCAAGGUUCCUCCCUGAACAACAGUAGAAGCUGCCACAUUGAAGAGUUGACAGGGCUUUCUGCACUUGCUCCUCUUUCUCCGGGCUAGUCACUGGAUUUCAAUGUUCAUCCUGCGCUUUGCAUUCUGUGUUGACUUGGGCCGUACCUAUAUGGCGUGUGUGAGCGGGGAAUUUUGCCAGGCACAGCACCUCACCACUGUGGAGAAGUGAAUCGGCUGCCCCCUGAAAGACUACGCGACCCAGAAACCCCCUUGAUUGAGAUUGGCCUCGAAGCGCUGAUUUUGGAAUUUAAAAAAAAAAGCCCACCUGGAUAAGGCGUCGUCCUUGGCCCGACUGCCCCGCCAAAUCUUUGCUUUCCACUUUCUCUUUGAACAGCCAAUCACAAACAGCUCUCCUGAAUGGGCCGUCUCGCCAACAUGAACCGCCCUGCUGCAGUCGAGAUUACCUACGAGUGCAUGAGGUUCCUCAUCACCCACAAUCCCACCAAUGCCACCCUUAACAAGUUCACAGAGGAGCUUAAAAAGUUUGCGGUGCACACACUGGUGAGAGUUUGUGAAGCCACUUAUGACAAGGCUCCCGUGGAGAAGGAAGGGAUUCAGGUUUUGGACUGGCCCUUCGACGAUGGCGCCCCUCCUCCAACCCACAUUGUGGACGACUGGCUCAAACUGCUCAACACCAAGUUUCGAGAGGAACCCGGCUGCUGCAUCGCCGUGCAUUGUGUCGCUGGGCUUGGCCGCGCUCCCGUCUUGGUGGCCUUGGCGCUCAUUGAGAGUGGGAUGAAGUACGAGGAUGCCGUGCAGUUCAUAAGGCAGAAGAGACGUGGAGCGUUCAACUCCAAACAGCUCCUUUACCUCGAGAAAUAUCGACCGAAAAUGCGCCUGCGCUUCAAGGAUCCAAACGGCCACAGCUGCUGCGUGCAGUAAAGCGGGCCCGCUAGCACCUGCCUAUGCACCUCGAGCGGGAGGGGGCGGGGAGGGGAGGGUGAAAAUAAACGAUGAGCGAGCUAUCAGUAAUCGUCGUGAUGAUUUGUAAACACUGAGUCAUGGUUAAUUGAACAGAGAACAAGCGAGUAAUCGAAUGAAACGAAUUCCGAUGGCGGGGGGGCACACCAGCUGAACCAAUGAAUGGAAGGUCAAAGCACACAGACGGGCCCAGCUCCCGGUUCUACUGUCAAACCACCACGGCCCAUAAUUGUUUUCAACUAUAGUCCAUCCUGUUGUUUAGUUUUGUAAAAAAAAAAAUGAAAAAAAAAACUAUAUUGCUUUUUCUCCCUCCCCUCACCUCAUUCAUCUACAAUUGUGGGAUAUUAUAUUUCCAUUUUGUGAAUAUUUUUAAUUUUACACAUACAGUGGUGAUGAAAGGAUGCAAUAUGAAAUAGUACUGAUUUUUAUUCCUGCAAACAAUGAAUUUUAUGAUUGGAUCAGAUUAAUGUCUUCUAAAACAUUUUUAAACCCAUUGUGACUGUCCAUUUUGGUAUUUGGGGUGUUUUUUUUUUUUUUUUUUUUUUUUUUAACCUCUCCUUCACUGGGGGGUACCAGAAAAUUCUGUUUUUCCUUCCAAUUGUUUCAAGUCACUAUCAUUUUAAAGGUUCACAGUUUGAAUAUCUCUUGCUAUAUUUAUUCACAAGGUGACAAAUGUGUCGGAGUUGCAAGUUUGGCAGGGGGCAAGGACACUUUAUUUACGAUCGAUUAUAUUUCAUUUCUUUCCUUUUGAGACCCAUGUCUUUUUUUUCUUUUUUUUUUUUGGUGUAUUUUUCUUUUUCUUGGAGUGCAAUAAUUUGUCCACCUCAGUAAAGCCCACCAAACGAACGACUGUGACACUCUGCAAAUGUGCACGUUCACCAUUCUUCAUCAGAUGUUAUACAGGAAGAAACCUCUGGAAUAGGUACAUUUGUUCUAUAAUCGGACUCCUUUUACACAUUAUGAGGUCCCCACCACUCCACCCCCACCUGAAAGGCAAAGUGGUGAAGAAUGAAUAUGGUCAGUUUUUAUUUUGUUUUCAUUUUAUUUUUUUUAAUUGUUGUUCCCAUUCUGAAAACAUCCCCAAUUCGUAUUGGUUCUUUAAAGAUAAAUAAAUUGAAUUUAAAAAGCA